AUCGUGUCCUUCUGCACGUGUUUCUUGGCGCAUUCGGGUAACCGGUGAGGAAGGAGAGGAGACUUGAGAUUACAUUAGAUCAGAUCAGAAGGGAAAAGAAACACAAUCAUGCUGAAAUCACUAACACGCGCUGUAAGCAUGGCGGCUCGCCUAACCAGCAAGGCCCCGAGUGCGCCUGUGUGCCGCGGCGCUGAGCAGCUCGUCAGACCCGCGCUCUGCGCUCCGAGCUCGGCCACGACCCGACCGUUCACCCGCUCGAUAUGGAUGAUGUGCAGCAGCAACGGCGCGGCGUCCGACCGCAGAGGCAAACUGCUCACUUCCAAACACACCCUGCCGUCCUGCGGUUGUGGAGGCCUCCACACAGAAGGUGAUAAAGCUUUUGUAGAUUUUCUCUUUGACGAAAUAAAGGAGGAGAAGAAGAUACAGAAAAGCAAGACGCUCCCCAAGAUGUCCGGAGGAUGGGAGCUUGAACUGAAUGGCACUGAAGCCAAACUUACUCGCUUCGUCUCUGGAGAUAAAGUGACUGUCACAUUCAACGUUAACAACAGCAUUCCCCCAAACAUGGAGGAAGAGCCAGAGCAAGGCCAGAAGGCUGAGGAAAACGAGCCCGACAUCGUCUCCACACCCAACUUUGUCAUUGAGGUGACUAAACAGGGGGCGAAGAAUUCCCUGGUGUUCGACUGCCAUUUUCCUGAAGACGAGAUCGGGCACGGCGAAGGAGAGGAGGAGAGCGAUAUCUUCACCAUCCGUGAAGUCAGUUUCCAGCCUGAGGGAGAGGAGGACUGGAAGGAGACGAGCUACACUCUUAACACAGACUCUCUGGACUGGGCUCUUUAUGACCAUUUAAUGGACUUCUUGGCUGAUCGAGGUGUGGACAACACCUUCGCAGAUGAGCUGGUUGAGCUGAGCACAGCACUGGAGCAUCAGGAAUACAUCAAGUUUCUGGAAGACCUCAACGGUUUCAUCAAAUGCCAAUGAUCAGAUUGUGUCCAGCUAAUAGGGAAUACUAAUACUCAGAAAUAAUAAAGACCCAGUGCAAACCUUU